AACGCAAUGUAGUAGAAGGUUAUGAUCAAAAAUGUGAAAAAUUUAAUAUAACAUAGUAAUCUAAAAGAAUCAUAAACAAAACUACAUCUCAAAUGUCAAUUUAAAUUUGAAGUUCAAUGUUUGCCGUUUUCUCGUAUUGGAAAAAAUAUUGAAAAUGGAGUUAGAAGAGAUUACUACUUCAGAAAGUGCCUUGAAAGCAAAUAUUGAUACACACAAUAUUGAAAAACCUAAAGAUGUUCCAGAUGUUCCUCCAAAAAAUUCUAAAAUAUCUAACUGUGAUAUUUUCUUUUUACUGUUAUCGAUAUUUAUACACUGUUGUGAUAUUUAUACAGAUACCAAACUUAUAGCUUCUUUCUUCAUAAACAAGAAGUUAUAUACAUUGUCAUGGACUAUCAGUUUUAUUCUGAUCGCAUCAUUUAUCAACACAAUUGUUAGUUUACAAAUGUAUCAUCAAGAUGAAGAGGAAAAUUUACUAAAUAAGAAGCGGCCAUUCUUAAAAAAAAUAAUACACUUCUUUACGGUGAUACUUAAUAUAAUAUUUCAAUUCACCAUGGUACAAAGAUACUGCAACAGUUUGAAAUAUGCCAUAAAAUCACGACUUUGUAAAAGGAAAAACAAUUGUGUUGGGCAGAAAAAGUAUUUCAUACAAAUGUUGAAAGAGGAAGAAGAUAUUGCACUCCUUAGAGUUUUGGAAUGCUUCAUUGAAGCAGCACCUCAGCUAAUCUUGCAAUUGUCCAUUUUUGUGCAAGACUAUCAUGGAGAAUAUAGUUCUAUGAGUUUAGAUCAAGUAAGCAACAUUGUUAGCUCCUUCAUAAGUUUAGCAUGGGCAAUGGUCAAUUAUCAUCGCAAUAUCCGUUUGGCUCAACAACAUAAGAGAAAUAUUAACUGUGCUGGUACUAUCCUUCAAUUUUUGUGGCACUUAUUCAUCACAACAUCGCGCAUUGCUUCUGUAUUGGCUGCCGCAAUUUUUUCAACGAUAUGCGUAUUAGUGAUGUGUGUUCUCCAUUGGAUUGCAAUGACCAUUUGGCUCAUUAUGGAGUCUCGCGGAAUUGUCAAUUUUUGCAAGACGAAAAGACGCACUCCACAUCUGCCGUCCACAUUAGGAGAAAAAAUAAAGUCUACAUUAUUUUCAUGCGUUUUUGGAUUCGUUUACAUAUUUAUUUACGUUAAUUUUGAGGAUAACGGGACUUAUAGUAAGCAUCUACUUUACUAUACGGUAUGUUUUUUGGAAAACAUUUCAGCUGCUAUCUUGGUAGUUUUAAGCGUACCAACUGAUCUCAAGACGGUAUGGUAUCAUUACGUUAUCUCUGCCAUGUGUAUAGUACCAUUCAUUAUCGGUAUUAUCGCAAUGAUUUUCUAUUACAUUCAAUUUCAUCCAUCAAUGAAACAUCAGACAUUCUCGUUAUCAAAGAUAUUGAGGAGUAAAUAAUCGAACGCUCGAUUUUUCAUUGCACAU